AUGGCGUGGAAUAGCACGCUGGAGACGAAACGCAAUGUAGCGUCGCUCCUGCGCACGGUGAUCCUCAUUAUGGUGGCGGCGGCAGCUGUGUCGUCGCGCUUGUUUGCCGUCGUGCGGUACGAAUCAAUUAUUCACGAAUUCGAUCCGUGGUUCAAUUUCCGCGCGACAAAGGUACUCACGAAGGAUGGAUACUACCGCUUCUGGAACUGGUUCGAUCCCACAGCCUGGUACCCGCUGGGCCGUGCAGCUGGUGGCACGGUGUUCCCAGGUCUCAUGGUCACAAGUGGCACCCUGUACAACAUCCUACACUUUUUCAACAUCCCUGUGAACAUCCGCGAUAUUUGCGUCAUGCUGGCCCCGAUCUUCAGUGUGCUGACGGUCCUUGCUGCGUACCUGUUUACGUCCGUGAUGAAGGACGACUCAGCUGGACUCCUUGCUGCGCUCUUCAUCAGCAUUGCGCCCGGCUACAUCUCGCGCUCAGUCGCGGGCUCGUACGACAACGAGGCCAUCGCGAUUUUCCUCCUCCUCUUUACGUUCUACCUGUGGGUGCGUGCUGUGCGUGAUGGCUCCAUGCUCUUUGGCACUCUCACCGCCCUCUUCUACUUUUACAUGGUCGCUGCCUGGGGUGGAUACGUGUUCAUCACCAACAUGAUCCCGCUCCAUGCAUUCGUGCUCGUGCUCAUGGGCCGCUUCUCCGAGCGUCUGUAUGUCGCCUACUCUUCGUUCUAUGCGAUCGGCACGCUCGCAAGUAUGCAGAUCCCCUUCGUCGGAUUCCAGCCCGUAAGGACGUCCGAGCACAUGGCCGCUUUAGGCGUGUUUGGUCUUCUCCAGCUCAUCGCCCUGACCGAGCUUGUUCGCAAGUACGUGUCCUCGCAGCAGUUCAAAGUGCUCGUUCGCACAUUCGUCGCUGUCACGGCACUCGCGGCCUUCGCGGCCCUCGUCAUGCUCACGUAUGCCGGCUACAUUGCUCCUUGGACCGGCCGCUUCUACUCGCUCUGGGACACGGCGUAUGCAAAGAAACACAUCCCCAUCAUUGCAUCAGUGUCCGAGCACCAGCCACCGGCCUGGCCCACGUACUUCCUUGAUCUUCACUGCCUCGUCUACCUCUUCCCCGCAGGUCUCUUCUUCCUCUUCCACCACCUGCGUGACGAGCACAUUUUCGUGGUCAUUUACGCCGUCAUGGCCUCGUACUUCUCCGGCGUCAUGGUACGUCUUAUCCUCACGCUCACGCCGUGUGUGUGUGUGUGUGCGGCACUCGCCACGAGUGCGCUGAUCGACGUGUACGCGGGAAGCCCCGUCGGCUCCGAAGCCUCUCGCAAAAACGGGCGCUCCGUCCGCACCAUGCCUCUCGAAGCUCGUAUGCUCGUCCUCGGAUGCGUCGGCAUCGUCCUCGAGAUGUUCAUCUUGCACAGCACACUCAUUACGUCAUCGGCAUACUCGUCGCCGUCCGUCGUCCUCGCGUCGCAGACGCCCGACGGCAACCAGGUGAUCAUCGACGAUUUCCGCGAGGCUUACUACUGGCUACGAGAAAACACGCCCCAGGAUGCCAAGGUCAUGAGCUGGUGGGAUUAUGGCUAUCAGAUUGCCGGCUUCGCCGACCGCACGACACUCGUCGACAACAACACAUGGAACAACACUCACAUUGCUACCGUCGGCAAGGCCAUGGCUUCGUCCGAGGAGCGUGCCUACCCGAUCCUGAGGAAGCACGAUGUCGAUUACGUCCUGAUCAUCUUCGGCGGUCUCCUCGGCUACAGCGGUGACGACCUCAACAAGUUCCUGUGGAUGAUCCGCAUUUCUCAGGGCCUGUGGCCUGACGAGAUUCAGGAGCACAAGUUCUUCUCCAAUGGCGAGUACCGCGUCGAUGACAAAGCGUCAGCCACCAUGCGGAACUGCCUCAUGUACAAGAUGAGUUACCACCGCUACAACGAUCUGUUUGGCGGUCAAGCAGGCAUGGAUCGCGCACGUAAUGCCAUGGGUCCAUCGACGUCGCCUACUCUCGAUACGCUCGACGAAGUGUUCACGAGUGAGAACUGGCUCGUCCGCAUAUACCAGGUCAAGAAGGAGGACACACUCGGUCGACACCUGCCGUUGGCUCAUGCUUUUGAGCAGGGCAAGCGUUUGCACCAGGCGCCCUUCCCUCUGAAUGCUGAUGCCAUCGUACACUAG